CCGCGCAGGCGCAGACGGCCGCGGGACUGCGGGCGCAGGGAGCCGGCGGCUUCAGAGAAAUAAUGUCUCAGGAAGGUGAUUAUGGGAAAUGGUCGAUAUCCAGCAGUGAUGAGAGUGAGGAGGAAAAGCCAAAAGUGGACCAACCUUCUACCUCUUGUCUGCCUCAGGCUGAGCAACAAACAGCAAAGGAGCCAGGGUACACCUGCUCUGAGGCCCGCAGAGCUGCCCACCGGAGGAAGCUGUCGCCGGUGAAGUUUAGCAACACAGAUGCAACCUCCAUUGUUUCACCUCCAAAAAGGCAGAAGGGUGGGUCCCAGGAAGACCUGGGCUGGUGCCUCUCCAGCAGCGAUGAAGAGCUGCAGUCUGAAGCGCUUGAGAAGCAGGACAGGACAGUGGUGGUGAAGGAGGAGGAAGGCCUCCCUCCUCCCAAAGGGAGUGCCACCCAGCAAACCAAAAACCACAGCCCUCCUGCCAGCCACAGGCUCAAAGAGGAGGAAGACGAGUAUGAAACAUCAGGGGAAGGCCAGGACAUUUGGGACAUGCUGAAUAAAGGGAACCCCUUCCAGUUCUACCUCACUAGAGUCUCUGGAAUUAAGCCAAAGUAUAACUCCGGAGCACUCCACAUCAAGGAUAUUUUAUCUCCUUUAUUUGGGACACUGGUAUCUUCAGCUCAGUUUAACUACUGCUUUGACGUGGACUGGCUCAUCAGACAAUAUCCACCCGAGUUCAGGAAGAAGCCCAUCCUGCUUGUGCACGGGGAUAAGCGAGAAGCCAAAGCCCGCUUACAGGCUGAGGCGAAGCCGUAUGGAAACGUCACCCUGUGCCAGGCCAAGUUGGAUAUUGCAUUUGGAACACACCACACGAAAAUGAUGCUUCUGCUCUACGAGGAAGGCCUCAGGGUCGUCAUCCACACCUCCAACCUCAUCCGAGACGACUGGCAUCAGAAAACCCAAGGAAUGUGGCUGAGUCCCCUGUACCCACGAAUUGCCCACAGAUCCCACAUGUCAGGAGAAUCAGCAACUCAUUUCAAAGCCGAUCUCAUCAGCUACUUGAUGGCAUAUAAUUCUCCUCUACUGACAGAGUGGGUGGACACCGUCCAGGAGCAUGACCUCUCAGAGACCAAUGUUUACCUUAUUGGAUCAACUCCAGGACGCUUUCAAGGAAAUCAGAAAGAUAACUGGGGACACUUUAGGCUUAGAAAGCUCCUGAGAGAGCAUGCCCAGUUCAUGUCGGAAGCAGCGUCUUGGCCGGUCGUGGGCCAGUUCUCCAGCAUCGGCUCCUUGGGUGCCGACGAAUCAAAAUGGUUGUGUUCUGAGUUUAAAGACAGCUUGGUGACACUGGGAGAAGAAAGCAGGAGCCCUGGGACAAGUGCUGCCCCGCUUCACUUGAUCUAUCCUUCCGUUGAGAACGUGCGGACCAGCUUAGAAGGCUAUCCAGCUGGGGGUUCUCUUCCAUAUAGCAUCCAGACAGCUGAAAAACAGAAUUGGCUCCAUUCCUAUUUUCACAAGUGGUCAGCAGAGACUUCUGGCCGCAGUCAUGCCAUGCCGCAUAUUAAGACGUAUAUGAGACUCUCUCCAGACUUCAGUCAGAUGGCUUGGUUCCUUGUCACAAGCGCCAAUCUGUCCAAGGCCGCCUGGGGAGCAUUGGAGAAGAAUGGCACCCAGCUGAUGAUCCGCUCCUAUGAGCUUGGAAUCCUUUUCCUGCCUUCUGCGUUUGGUCUGUACAGUUUCCAAGUGAAAUCCAAAUUCUUCUCGGGGAGCCAGGAGCCGAAGGCCUUUCCUGUGCCGUACGAUCUGCCUCCAGAACUGUAUGGCAGCAAAGAUCGGCCCUGGAUUUGGAACAUUCCUUACGUCAAAGCCCCAGAUUCACAUGGGAACAUGUGGGUUCCCUCCUGAGGACCCUAAAGCACCAGGAAGCAUAAGACACUGAGCCAGAAACCUUGGGUGUUUAUCUUCAAGGUUUUAUCUGCGCCCCUCUGAAACUUUGCAGAAGUCAACUUUUGCACUGUGGAUAUUUCUUUGUUAUCCUUUCAGUGGUCAUUAUUAACAUCCUCACCUUAAAAAGAUGUAUUUUCUUACUUUACUUUGGAAAAAAAGCUAUUAAACUUGGCAACAGAAAAAGUGUA